AUGAAUAUUAUAAAACAAAUUGGUGAUAGUCAUUGUCACUUAAAUCCAGAAUGUACCAAGGAAUAUAUACAAGAAUUCAUUAAACAACUUAAUUCAACCAGUGAUGAUUAUCCUGAUUAUUAUUUUCAUAUAAUGACAACUCAACAUAUUGAUUUAUAUUUAUUAGAUCAAUUAUUAAGUCAAUUAAAUAAUCCAAAGUUAAUUGUUCCUUAUUUUGGUAUUCAUCCUUGGUUUAGUCAUUUAUUUACAAUCGAUGAUAUUGAUAGUGAGAAUUGCAGCAAAGAACAGAAACAUAAUCAUUAUAAUAAAGUAUUAAAACCUCAACCAACACAAGAAUUAUUACAAUGUUUACCCAAUCCAAUCAAUUUAUAUAACCAUUUACAAAGUAUAAGGAAUAUAAUAACGAAAUAUCCAAAUUUAAUCUAUGGAAUUGGUGAAAUUGGAUUAGAUAAAUUAUUUCGAGUACCUAAUGAUGGAUAUCAUGGGAAUUUCAAGUAUCCAAUCAAAGGACCACAUAAAUUAUCACCAAGUAGAGUCAUAUUUGAACAUCAACGAAUUAUAUUCUGUGAACAAUUAAAACUUGCUAAUGAAUUAAACAAACAAAUAUCAAUUCAUUGUGUAAGAGGACAUGGAAUAGUAUAUGAUGAAUUUCUUAAAUAUCAGAAUAUUCCUGCAAUAUUAUUACAUUCUUAUACUGGAACAAUAGAACACGCAAAUGCUUGGAUUAGGAAAUUUAAGAAAUUAAAGACGGGGCAAAAGUUAUAUUUUUCAUUAUCAAAUUAUAUUAAUGGAGAUGAACCCAAGCGAGAAGUAUUGGAACAACUCUUGGAAGCAUUAAAAGAUGAUCAAGUAUUAAUUGAAACUGAUAUAUCUGUUGAUCGUCAUUUUAAUACAAAUACAAUUAAUGAAUAUUUACAACAGCUUAUUGAUAUUUAUGAGAAGAUAAACUCAGUGAAGGCAAUUGAUGCAAAUCAAAUUCGUAAAAACUUAUUAACUUCAAUAGGUUUGGAUAACUCUCCUUCAAUAGGUUUGUAA